AUGAUCAAGAAGUCACAGAAAAGGCUCAAGUUGGCCGGUACACGGCUUACCGUCGAGUCAAUUGACGAUCAAGUCACGAUUGGAAACAGUCGCAGGUUAUCAUCCAUGGAAAAGGCCGCCAAUGACCGACGUAACAUGGACAGACUCCUAUCUCGAAUUGCUAUUCUAGAGGAUAACUCGACUUCUCAAUGCGACGAAAUAACUUCUCUCACGAAUGAAGUGGCUACGCUCCGUGAUCAAACUCUCCAUGAUUCCAGCAUUAACCCUCGGUAUCACGCAAUCCGGAACAGUUUCAUAUCCACAUACAAGCGGGAUAAACUGAAAAUAGCAACGUCCGAAGACCGCGAUCUCGUCGCAGAAGGCAACAUAAUUGCCCAUGAGGGUGACUGCAAGGGAGAUCAUUAUCUAUACGAUGAUACUCCUCGUGGCCGAAAGGAUGUCAACGUUUUUAUCUCCUUGUAUGGAUUACCACCAAGCGCUUUCAAAUCACACAAUAUUUGUCCCAGCGCCUGCCUAGUUCUCAACAAACAUGCAACCCUUGUAGCAUCUGCGUCGACCAGAGCCCAGCCAAACUCAUUCGAGCCGGCAUUCAAAGCUUUCGUAACCGCUCUAGUGGAAUCGAAUUUUGACGACGACGUCAAGGGACAUGGCGAUCCUCAGGAUCCGAAACACUCUCUCACGCAAUCCUAUCGGAAUUUCUGGAAAGCUCUUCGCAGCAAUGUGUAA